AGGAAGCCCAAAAAGCCCAACAGCUUCGGUUCCCGAGUCUCGCACUUCGUGCCACGAUCUGUUCGAUGCGCCACAUGUCUGGCGCGCUGGAGGACGUCACCUACGAGAUGUCCACGCUGGGCAUCACGACAGGCACCGUCGGCGGUGCGGAUGCUGUUUCUCUGGAGUCGGAGGCGCUGCAGCAGCACAUCGAGGAGAGCAUCUAUGGGCUUCAGCCUCGUGGUUGGAUAUGCCGGAAGUUCCAGCAGGCCAUCAGCUUCGUGGGGCUUUCUGGUGGCGACCCGAGGCGGGAACAUUGCAGCAAACAUUUUGGGGACUUCUUUUCGAUGUUAACCGCCGAGAUGUACAUCGACGUCCGGGUCACGCCACUGCUGGAUUACCUUCGGGAGCGCACGAAGGAGAUCCAGAGGAUCCACACUGGAAUUAGCAUCGCUAUCUGCGUGAUUCUCUUUGUGACUGCGGGGCUUGCGAUGUGCGACAUCACAUCGGCCGUUCCAGUAUGUAUUACUUUGAUUGUGUGUCUUGCGGCCGCCCAGAAGCACGCUGCGCCGUUGGAUUUAUGUCAGGCCAACCAGGCUGCCAUCGAGGAGCUGACUCGCCUAGAGCUGCGCUGGCACUCCCUGAGUAUCCGAGAGCAGCGGGAGUGGCAGACGAGAAGUACAUUGAUAUCCAGAACGGAGAAGGUGAUGCUCGCCGUGGCCUCGAACGCGGGGCGCCUGCCCGUCAGCUUCCAGGACGAGGCCGACGAGGACCUCCUCGAGGACGCGUGACGCGUGCCUGCCCUCGCCCCACGCCUCGAUCGUGGCCGCCCCUCCCCGGUGCAGCUCGGGGACGUCCACGCCCAUGCAGAGCUCGGCGCGGGGCCCGUGCAGAUCGUCGAGAUCACUGGGCGCACUUGGCAAUUGACCGUGGGCGCAGUCAGCAUGCCGAUCGCCGGUAACGUGGCGGAGAGCCUGCUGACCCUGCACUGACGCUCUCCCUGCAGGAGGACGCUCUCCCCGCAGGAGGACGCCAACCAUCCACAUGCAACAUCAUCCGAUCGUUGUCCCCUUGCUUGCCUGUGCCCUUGAAUUCAAGCGGUGGUAAUUGAUUGGUCUCUGCAUUGCCCAGUGCGUUAAAGACGCCAGCGGCCGUAGGCGGCAGAGCUGCAGUUUGGAAUGUGGUUCCGUUCUAAUUCGUUCUCCGACAGCUCUUGGCAAUCAUGGAAGAUGUUGGAUGAGUCAUGUCCGUGAGCCUUACAUUGUGGGAACGGGCGGCAGCAGUUUGCGCGUUCACAAGGAGCUCAAUUUCGAAGUGACCUUGAAUCAAUUGCGGAAUGAAUGUGGAGCCUUAUCACGAUUUCCCAUUGUAGUGGCUUGCCUCUGUCCCACGUAUGUGUGCAUUUAGGUGU